UAAACAUCCUGGAAACACUUUCUGAUUUCUCUACCAAAACCAGGACACAAGUUUCCUCAUAAGGAAUGAUGUCAAAAUUGUCAGACGACUAUCUGUUUGUUGUGGCAAUAGAUUUUGGCACAACAUAUUCUGGAUAUGCAUUCUCCUCAAGAGACGAUUUUAAAAGGGACCCUCAAAAAAUUGUUGCCAACCAAGCAUGGAACGCUGGAAGUCAACGACACUUAUCCCUUAAGACACCAACGUGUUUACUUUUAGAUAACAAAGAAGAGUUUGUAUCAUUUGGAUAUGAGGCAGAAAAUAAGUACACCGACAUAGUCAUUGACAGACAGCAAAAUGAAUAUUAUUUUUUCCAACGCUUUAAGAUGCAACUAUACAAGAACAAGGAUAUCAAAGGAGAAAUGUUAAUAGAAGAUGUCACUGGAAAAUCACUAACGGCUAUGAAGGUUUUUGCGAAAUCUAUCGAAGCUCUUAUGCUUCAUUCGUUUGAUAUUUUUGAUCAAAGAGGAAAAGAAAUAAAAAAGACUGACAUUCGAUGGGUUUUGACAGUUCCUGCUAUUUGGUCGGAUGCCGCAAAACAAUUCAUGAGGAAAAGUGCAGAAUUAGCUGGAAUUCCGAAUAAUCAGCUUCUAAUUGCAUUGGAACCAGAGGCUGCAUCCUUAUACUGCCAAGAUCUUCCAAUAGAAAAGCUACAAGGCGCCGACAAAGGAUACUGUAUGACUGAAGAGGGCACACGGUACAUGGUUGUAGAUAAUGGUGGUGGAACGACUGACAUCACAAUUCAUCAGAAACUAACCAAAGGUAGCCUGGAGGAAAUUUGUAGAGCUUCAGGAGGAGACUGUGGUGGUAUUUCAGUAGACAACUCGUUCUAUCAGAUCUUCGUCAAACUUCUAGGAGCCCCUCUUUUGAAAAUUAUGAAAGAAAAAGACCCAUCUGCGUAUUUAGAUAUUUUUAGAGAACUUGAAGCUAUCAAAAGAACCGUUGAUAAAACAAAUCAGGAUAAUGUUACUAUGUCAAUCCCUAGAGCAUUUCUCGAUGAGAUUUGCAAAAAGCAUUUGCAUGAAGACUUUGAAGCUGUUAUCAAAGCUUCGCCAUACAAAUCUAGAAUGAAAGUACGAUUUGACAAAUUAAGAAUGGAAACAGAUUUAAUAAAAAAUUUAUUUAAAGAACCAUCUGAAAAGAUAAUACAAUUAAUCACCGAUGCAUUGAAUAAUAAAUAUACAGAUUUGGUAUCAGUGAUUCUAUUAGUCGGUGGGUUUUCUGACUGUAAGAUAAUCCAAGAUGAAAUAAAAGCAAAGUUCCCAAAAAUGAGAGUGAUAGUACCGGAAGAAGCUGGAUUAGCAGUGUUAAAGGGGGCAGUACUGUUUGGUCAUAGACCCGAACAGAUUGUAUCUCGAAUUGUCAGGUACACAUAUGGUGUUCAAUAUAGACCCCGUUUCAAUCCAUCAAUCCAUGACCCUGCACGCCAAGUUGUCACUCAUGGAAUACCAAGAUGUAUUGAUGCUUUUGACAUUUUCGUUGAGAUUGAUUCAAAAGUAAAGUUAGGAUCAAAGAUCAGGAAAGAAUUUGCCACUUCAAGAGAGUUCCAGGAAUUCGUAUCCUUCCCAGUGUUUCAAACCAUUCAACGAUCUCCAAAAUACACAGACGAAGACAGUUGUACACAUAUUGGAACUUUACGCUUAGCUAUACCUAAUCCGUCAAGAAAUUUUCGCAACCUGGAUGUCGAAUUUGCAUUUGGCCACACAGAACUCAAGGUCACCGGCUAUGAGAUGCAAUCUGGAGCGGAAUGCGAAACUGCAUUAGAACUUAUCUAAGGUGUGUAUCGUAAAGUGAGUGAUAAAAAUAAAAGACGUCUUGACUAUUUGAUAGAUGAAUUAGAAACGCAUAGUGACACUUCAAGAUGACGUGACGUUAUAUAAAGCGCGGUACUUAGUAAACGUCAAGUGUACAGUAUUAUCGAAAUACUGGGGGCCACUCAAACGUGAAA